AUGCUAAAAGCUAGUGCUCCGCAUCUUGUCUGGGCCGCUGGUCACUUUCUCACCUUCUUUGCCGGUAUGCGAUACUGGCUUGCCGUGGCUGCAUUCUCCUGGACCGGUUACGAUUUGUGGUACCGCCUGGCGUAUCUCGGUGCUAUAGUCAGCUACGGCGUCGUCAUCUAUAAGAGCUUUGGUGUUCCACGCACAGAAAAGUCGUAUUUGCAGCGUGCUCUCAUGGAUGAGAACGUCCAAUACCUGGUGAUCGCAAUGUAUUGGUGUUGGAUCAAGCCUAUUUCCUUGACUCUUAUCCCCUACAUCACCUUUUCUCUCUUCCAUCUUCUCACGUUCACCCGCACUACCAUUCUACCUUCCAUGGUGCCUGCAGCACGGAAUGCUGAUGGCACAUCUUCGCCUGCAGGUGGCGACCUAUCCAAGUCUAUUCAGACUUGGGUGAAGCAGAAUUAUGACCUUGCUAUGCGCUUUGUGUCGUACUCUGAGGUGAUUAUUUUCAUUCGUGUUCUUUUUGGAGCCAUUCUGUUUCGCAAUUCGCUCUUGGCCCCGCUUCUGUAUGCACACUUCUUGCGCCUGCGCUUUUAUAUGAGCAGCUUCACACGUGCUGCGAUGCAACAUGUUCGUGCUGAGCUCGACAAGAUGACGCAGCAUCCAUCCUGCCCUCCCGCACUCCGUAAAGGAUACUUGAUGCUCACAGACUUAGUUACGCGUUACGCUUGCACUGUGCUCAGUAUUAGUAGGAACCAACCCGAACCUGCUAAUACUGCUAACCGCACAGCAGCCGCCUCAGCUUCUUCGCCGGCGGAUCCAACCAAGCUCAAAACUCGCUAG